AUGACAGAAUAUUGGAAGUCAUCGGCCAAGAAGUUCUGUGAGAUCUGUAAAGUAUGGUUUGGAGACAACCGAGCCUCCAUUGAACAUCAUGAAAUGGGUCAGAAACACAAAGCAAUGGUCCAACAACGCCUUCGAGAAAUGGGACAAAAGACUAAGCAGAAGGAUAAGGAAGUAGGUGUCUGUGAUACUUUUUGAUACCAAAUUUAGACACAUUUAAUUGGCCAAAAAAUUUUUUCAAUCAUGAACUUUCCUCGGUCUUGGUUUUGAGCUCAAAAAGCACAUUUGUUGCUGAAAAAAAAAUUUUUUUAAAUCACCUUUCUUUCAGACAGCCAACCUAAAUGCGACCCUUGUGGCCAUGGAAGCCGCGGCCAGAGCGGCAAUGGAGCGAGAUGGACAGUCCGUUCCAACGCCGGCUUCAAUGGCCCCACCAAUGGUUGGGGUUCUCCCAACAACGUCGGCGCCAUCACAUGGAAGUGGAACACCGGCUCCAGUCAAACGAAAAGCCCCGAAAAUAGAUCCAAAAGAAGAAUUGAAGGAGAGGAAGAAGAAAUUGAAGGAAUUGAAGAAGACAGCGGCCACUUCGGAGUUUUGGAAUCGGAAUGAAGAAGAAGAAAUUAUAGAAUGGGUCCAGGCCGAGGCAAAUGGAGGCUUUUAUUAUUGGAAUAUCUUCUCUGGAGGUGAGAUUUUUUUGAAAUUUACAUGAGAUCGGAAAAUUUGAAUAUGCAAUUUUUAUGACAAAUUCAGAAAAUUUCGCAUUUAAAAAAUAUUUUUAGAGACCCUCUGGGAAGUCCCCACGAUCUUCUACACGUCCGAGGAGUACAGUCAGAACUAUGAAAAAAUCCAAAAACAGAUCGAAGAUGAAAAGAACCGCCUAAAAGAAGAAGAGGAAAGGAAAAAGAAGGAGGCCGAGAAUGCAGAAGCCAUGAAACAAUACAACGAACAGUACCAACAGUACUACAAACAAUGGUAUGAAUACCAAAUUCAGAUGCAACAAUAUGCAGCACAAGCUCCGCCUCCGCCGCCACCAGCUGAAUCCAAGGAUAAUAUAAAAAAUGUGGGGAUAGAACAAACUAAUGGUGGAAAUGCUGAGAAAGUGAACUUUGAAGCUCCGGAAGGACUUAUUGAGGUUCCAAGUGAAAUAAAAGAUCAGGGAAUUCAAGAAGAAGAGGUCAAAAAAGAGGAAGAAGAAGAUCAACCAAGGCCGGAAUGCACCUUUUAUGAUCCACUGGCGGAAGAAGAAGCUGAGAAGCCAAAGAAAUCAGCGUAUGGACUCGGGAAAUGGACUCCAGUGGUAAAGCAGCCCGAAAUCCCAAAGAAUUUUGAGCUAGAACAACAAGUUCAGUAAGUGGAAUUUUGAAAAAAAGUUAAACGUAGAGUAUUUAUACUUUAAAUGGUAGUUUUAAAAUACGUUGAGCUCGCAUAGGUGUAAAAAAUAAAUUUUACCAAAUAAUUUCAGACCAGUAUACGAUGAUCUACCGGACACUACGACCAAACCAGAUCUCGAUUUUGAGAUCGAAGAAGACCCAUCGGAAACCCAGUUCGGAGAAAAAGUCCUCAAAGUCAAGUCCAGCAAGAAAGAUAAACCCAUUGUUUUCCAAAAACGAAAAGCCAGAAAUCAGAAUCAGCGGAGGACCGGAGGCGAUUUUUAA